AUACGUUGUGUAAAACUAACUGUAUAUAACAGUUCAACCUCUAAACAAUCGUCAUUGUAUGUCUGACAAUCAACAAAAUAACGUAAAGAAACGACUCAAAAACGUACGCAUACGUGUAUUAUCAGUUAUAAGUUAACGUGUUAUCCAUAUUUUCGAAAUUAGAUCCAGGUGUAACCACGUCGGAAAAUCGAACUGUUAUUUCAGUUAUUGCCAUAUUUUCGGUAAAGAACUGAGUUAAAGUUUCAACACCUGCUCGGGGCUGACGAUCAAACGGAUGAUAUACCAUAGCAUAUGCAUCUGGAGACUUCCUAUCCUUUGGUCUACGGUAACACGCAGCGUUUUUGCAACCAGUUGAUUCGUUCUAUUCAACCUACAUAUAUGUACAUGCAUGUAAUGCAAACAACUAUAGAUGUAAUCGAUUAAUUUUAUUUUCUGUAUCGAUGGUUUCAAUAACAGAAGUUGACCAGUAUGUAUCAACUAUGAAAAAAGAUAUUGUUUAUUUGCGACGACAUGCCGUAUGUACGAGUAUAUAUUUGAGUAUCAUCGAAAAUAGUAAAUUGCUAUUUUGCUUUUAGACGAUUUACAGCGACUAAUCCGAGUGUGUGAACGAUGCAAUCGCAAAAUACACUAUCAACAAAGUAAAAUACCAUAAUGACAUUACUAUACUAAUAAAAUUAAUAAAAGUUUUCAAAAGCAUGUAUCCAUCUAAUAAACAAAUCUAAUGUAAUAGACAAAGGAAAUCUUUAAUUGAGACCAGUAAAUUAGGAUUGUAAGCGUGUAUAUAGGAAUUAUGUAUGAAAAAUCAAUGUAUAAAAAAUCAAUUUAAGUGAGUGAAGCUGGCGAGCAUCGAACCACGCGGAAUGAAAUCAAGCCCACGUGAUUAAGUCUGCGGCGCCGCUCCUUCUCCUUUUUCCAUUAUUUUAUCUCUUGCUGUUAGACCGCGCAAGUACACGUUAUUAUAAUAUUUAUCAGGUGAAAACGAAUCUCCAUGAUAUUUACCAAACAUCAUCGAUCCGGACAGGGGACGGAUGAAGCAAUGGUGAUGUGUCCAAAAUUACGGAGAUCAUCGUACAUGUUCCUAUUAGGAGACAAAAAUGUCCCGUAUGGAUCCCGCACAUAGAUACGGAUCCCGCACAUCAUCUUUUCAAAUCCUGAAUAUCGAAAUUUAGAUCAUCUGCUGGUCGAUCGAUGUCCUUACGUAAAUUGGUUCGGAUGGCUGAUCAAAUAGAUACAAGAUCCAAGAUACCGGGCUUAUCGCUAUCUUUACCCGAAAGCUUUUUUAAGUUAUAAGUAUACAGAACUAGCAGGAUACUAUGAUCUCUUCGAAAUCACAAGGCCCGCCGUAAAAAUUUAAAGUAAGCUAUGAUUGAGAUUAAAAUGUAGAUACAUUGUACAUACCUAACCAUAUUUAGUCUUAUAGUCUUUAGUCGUUUUCAAGGGAAAAGAAUAACGAUCGUCGUUAACUAAAUUAAAAAUAUUUAUUUUGCGCUUCAUUGAAAAUAUGUACAUGUAUAUUUCAAGAUUUCCAAUUAGAAAAUUUUAUUUAAAAGUUUUGAGAUAGCAUGUUAUAUAUGUGCACCUAAUUUAUAAUUCCGCAUUUUGAUAAGACUUCUACCUUUAGGGUAAGUAAGGAGGGUAGAAAAUGAAGAUGAAGAGGAAAGAUAGCAAGAGAACAUGAAAAAGAAGAGCGAAUGAUGUGCGAGGGGUGUCAGAAUAAAAAGAAACGAGAAUGGAAAUAAGGAAAGGAUAUUUUGCAAUCUGUCGUGCAUGAGAACAACGUAUCUUCUUAAUUAUCUUCGGAAUGCAGAAAGUAUUUAAACUGGUAUUUUCAUAAAUACCACAUACGAAAAUACGUAUAUGUAUUUACUAUUUCUUUCUUGCCGAAAACUAAUUGUAAGUUUACAAUAAUCCGUUUUGAUUAAAUAUAUGCAUUUAUACAAAAAUUCAGAGGAUAUUGACGGGAGUACGAUUGCGACUGAUUAAAUUCUCGAUCGAGGUUCGCUGGUUCGUUGUUCAGUUUCGUUUGUCUGUUUUCGUUGUUUCUAUUAUAGAUACGAGAUUUUCAAGGUUCUCCGCCCAUUCGAAAUUACCUAGUCGAAUAUAAGAGAUUUUGUUAUAACCGAGAUCGAGGUGCAAUGUGGCCUUUGGCAUCUGUUUCGCAAAUCACCGUAUGUAACAAUCGAAAAUAAAUAGAAUAAGUGAAACUAAAUGAAAAUUCAUUUGGUACUUAUAAAUGGCUUAUAAAACAGCUUAUAAAACGGGAUUAAUCGGAGCUAUAUCAGGACUAUAUACAUACAAUACAUACACGAAAUCUCUUAUAAAAGCGCCAGUGUGUAAAGGUUAUUAUUUAUACGGGGAAAAAAAUCGGAAAAGAGGAAGAAAAAAGCAAGAAAGGGAAAGAAUAGAGGAGGCGGAGAAAAAGAAACGGAAAGAACGAAAAAAAGAGACGAUGACUCAAGAAGUGAAAGGUUGACUGUUUAUUCGUCUGUCUGUUUCUCUGUUCGAUUGCAUGAUCUGUAUUGAAAACGAAAAGCAUGCUCCCCUCCCCUCCCCCCCCCCAUUCCGUUUCGUAGAUUUGAAACGUGUUCCAAAAAUUCUCGUCGGGAUAGGUUUGACGGUGAAGAAGUGGAUGGGUCUCUCUCUCUCUCGGCUUUCGUCAAUAGCAAUCGAUUUUCGUUCGUUAGUCUGCGUCUAUCAACGAACCAAGUCGUAACUUGUAAACAAGUGUGUGAUUCUGAUUUUGAUACAUAAGUGCUUACAUCGUUUCCUUUCUUCCGUCCAAUUGGUUCGAAGUAGUAAAUAAUGUUCUGUUAAAGUAUUGAAUAUAAAUUAAUCGACUAAAACCUUUUACGGCUACAUGAAAAAAAAAAAAAGAAAAGAAAUGCUGUUCUUCGAUUAAAAUGAAGAAUCCUAUGUAAAGUGUUAAUAAAAUCCUAUUCGAUACGGUGAAAAAGAUAAACAAGAACCUUAAGUGGAACGAUUCGGUCCGUUAACUUAACUUCUCCCCGAAGUAUUCAAAAUUUGACGGAACAGUUUGAAAUAAUACGAUCGUGGCCUGCAGUGUAUUCUUUAAUAUCUUUUAUACUAGAUCAAAUCUUUUGUAAACGUUAAUGCGUAAAGUGAUAUUUUCCUUCUCUUUUUAUUUAUUAUAGGAAUUAUUUAUUGAAAGAUAUUAUUUGUUAUUUAAUAAAAGCUGUGGGAAAAAAUUUUUUAAAUGGAAAGCGACGCAAGCCAUAUGGAGGGAGAAUUAAACGAAAGGAGGAGAGCGACCACCUUGGAAGAGUGUUCUCGUAUAAUCGGGGUGAACGGCGUGGUUCGUCAUAACAGAGACUCGUUUAAACAACUGUUGCUGGAUCUGACGUUGAUGGAAAAAGUGUUUUCAUUGUUCGACCGCAAUCAGGACAAAAUAUUGACGCAGGAUGAGUGGAUCGAAUUCUUGAAGGGAAGAUUGAAAAAUGACAAACCAAACGAUCUUGUUAUCCAGCUCGAGAACGUUGCAUACAGCAUAUGUGGCGAUAAUCCGGUAACUUUUCCGAAAUUUCAACAGAUAUUUUCUACUAAAGAGAUCGUAGAUAAAUUAUUUCGACGGAUUGACGAAGAAAACUUGGGAUAUGUAACAUCGUUUCAAAUCAUGGAAUUCCUCUCGACCAUUAGCAAUACAAGACCAGUCGCCGGCUUCGACAAGCGCAGUUUGGAAUGGCUGGAAAAACUUUUUAAACAGACGGUGGGCAAUGAAAAGGAAAUUAGGCGCGAGGAAUUUAACAAAAUCGUCACUUCGAAGAACCCGUUUUUCACCGACCGGGUGUUCCAAAUUUUCGACAAGGAUAAUUCUGGAACGAUAUCGCUUCAAGAGUUCCUCGAUGCGAUGCAUCAGUUUGCUGGAAAAAGUCCCGACGAUAAGAUAAAAUUUCUCUUCAAAGUUUACGACAUAGAUGGUGACGGAUUAAUACAACUUCGUGAAUUGGAACACGUGAUGAGAGCCUGUAUGGAAGAAAAUGGUAUACAAUUUAACGAAGAACAAAUUGAGGAAUUAACUAUGGCUCUGUUUGAUGAUGCUGAUCAAGCUAACCGAGGUGCCAUCACCUUCGAAGCCUUAAAAAAGCAAUUGGAGAAGCACGAAGGCUUAUUAGAAAAUUUAUCGAUUAGUAUCGACCGAUGGCUGGUACCGCCAAAGCCGGAAACGAAGCGAAAAUCACGGUUAGAAUUUCUCACCACUUCAUUGCGUCCUUAUCAGUUGACGAAGCCAUAUAUGAAAAACAAUUACGUUUACAUCGUUUUCAUCUCGAUCUUCGUCUUAAUCAAUGCGGCCUUAUUCGUAACAAGACUCUACGAAUAUAGAACGUCUAAUGGCUAUGUCAUGGUUGCGCGUGCCUGUGGUCAGUGUUUAAACUUCAACUGCAGUUUCAUCCUGGUUCUUAUGUUGCGUCAGUGUAUUACCUUCCUACGAACUCAUGGCUUUAAUUCUAUACUGCCAUUAGAUCAACAUAUCUAUCUUCACAAAGUGACUGGAGCUCUAAUUGGUAUCUUCAGCGUAGUACACGCGGCGAUGCACCUUCUUAAUUUCGGCACUAUUGUGGUGUAUGACGAGGCUUUUAACCACAAUAACUAUACAAUGUCUGAGUGGCUAUUAACAAGUCGGCCAGCUCUAUUUGGGCUCAUAGGAGGUUAUGCAAACCCUACUGGAGUCAUCCUUAUCGUUCUUCUUGUCGUAAUAACGGUGUGCUCCAUGCCAUUUGUUCGACGCGGUGGAUGUUUCGAGAUAUUUUAUUGGUCACACUUAUUAUACAUACCAUUCUGGAUUUUGACGAUACUACAUGGACCGAAUUUCUGGAAAUGGUUCAUAGGACCGGGUACCGUAUACAUGCUGGAAAGGAUACGUCGAAUUGCCUGGUCUCGUUCACAAUUGGGAAAAACGUACAUAAGCUCAGGCCUUCUGCUACCAUCGAGAGUGACGCAUUUAGUCAUCAAGAGACCUCCACAUUUCGUCUUCCAUCCCGGCGAUUAUGUUUUCGUCAACAUUCCAGUUAUAGCUCGUUACGAGUGGCAUCCUUUCACUAUUAGCAGCGCUCCAGAACAAGAAGGCUACAUAUGGCUUCACAUACGAGCAGUAGGUGAAUGGACGAAUAGUCUUUACUCGUACUUUGAGAAAGAGCAGAUGAAACUUCAAAGAAACAAUAUAUAUCCCGUUGGGAGUUGCAGCAGCACCGGUGCUCCUAAGAAAAUAUAUCUUAACGAAAAACAACAACUAAAUGUCAAUGACAAGAUACUCUAUCCCAAUACGACAAACGGAAAUCAUCGUUGUUUCGACAAUUCUGUGUUUGUUCCUGAUAGUGAAAAAAUAAUGCACUCGCCACAAUCUGCAAGCGGCACAACAGAUAACAACACGUUAUCGAACAAGCGGGAACUUCGUCAUUCGCUGUUUACUAGCAGGAUCCCUUUGGAAAAGUCUAUUUCGGUACCUAACAUGCUGUCAGGAAGGAAGAAAAGUGAAAGAUUAGCUGUACUUCGCGAUUACACGAGAUCAGAAUCGGAAAGGAACUUCAACGACCGUGAAAUACGCCAUAAGCGUUUAAAAUCUCUAGACCAGGCCUACUCCAGCCCGCAGAAUAAAGGAUUAGCACAAAGCUUCCGGUACAUGCGAAAUAAACCCACAAUAAUUGCUUUCAAGACUCCAAGUCUGGAAAACUACGAAUUAGAAUCAACAACAUCCGCGAACGGAUACAUAAUGCCGCAAACAACUGUGGACGAAUACGGAAUAAAAUCAUCGAACAAUCCAAUAAUAAAUACGAUGCAAGCAGCAGCAGAGGAAGGUAGACUACAAAUGAAAUUCGAGGAAACUUCGAAAAGAGAUUACGAUGAUAUCAAAUUUGACGCUCCUUCGGAUGCAACACUAAACUAUACCGUCGGGAAACCAUUGGAGAUUUUUCUGGAUGGACCAUACGGAGCUCCUUCGAGUCACAUAUUUCAGGCCCAACAUGCGGUUUUAAUCGCAACGGGAAUCGGUGUAACACCUUUCGCUUCGAUAUUACAGUCCAUCAUGCAUCGUUACUGGAAAGCCAGGCAUACUUGUCCAAAAUGCAAAUUCUCCUGGGCCAGUGAAAUACCUCCCACCGUGAUGCAUCUUCGUAAGGUAGACUUUUUCUGGAUCAAUAGAAAUCAACGAUCCUUUGAAUGGUUCGUGAAUUUAUUAUCACAACUAGAAAUGGAACAAGCAGAGUUAGGCAUCGCUAUGGAGCGUUUUCUUGAAAUGCACAUGUACAUUACCAGUGCUUUGCAGAAGAACGAUAUGAAAGCCGUCACCUUGCAGCUAGCUAUGGACUUGGUUCAUCAAAUGGAAAAACGGGAUCUUAUAACAGGUUUAAAAACACGGACGAAUGCUGGCCGACCGAACUGGGAUAAAGUAUUCAAGCAGCUUCAGGAUCAGAAGAAAGGCAAAGUCACAGUCUUUUACUGUGGUCCGCCGCAACUGGCAAGAAUUUUACGUUACAAGUGCGACCAAUUCGGUUUUAUCUUUAGAAAAGAGUCAUUUUAAGCUUUUUAAGAAGAGAAACCAUACCAUGAUGUUUAUUUAUUUAUUACAUCGCGCCGUUGCGAGAUAUGUUCAUCAAAUCUCCAUUCAUCAUCUAUUAUGUUUUAAAAGUAAUGGCAUACGCCUUAACUAAAUGUUCCGUUAUAUAGUGAAUGUUAUCUAAUUUUGUUUCGUCUAGAAUCAGUAUAAUCUUUUCAGUAAUGUCAUCCAAAUACAAAAAUUUUACUUCAUGUUAUUCAUAAUUCUGGCUGUUUCGUGCAUCAACCAAAUUGUUAAUAAUACAAGGAGAAAAUUUACUUGUCGUUCUGUCAUAAUCGGAAAAUUUGUCAAAAUGCGACUACAGGACCAACUCUAACGAUCGCCAAAUUACUUUUUUUUUUCCAAUUUGCAAUCAGAAUUGCGAUAUUUGGCUAAUUUCAAAUGUGUAACAACUUCAUAUGUCACACGAGAUGUCUGUGCGUAUACUCUGUCCGACGAGACGAGACGAGGCAGUAAACGUAAUCAAAUUUUGUUUAGCGGAUUUGGUUUAGUGAAUAUAUAUCAGUCUGCUUAUUCUGCAGAACAUUUUAUUUGUUGUUAGAAGUAAGAAACAAUAAACGAGAUUACACUCGAAAAUUAAAUUAAUUUAUUAAAAAUAAAUAUACAAAAAUAACUAAAAAUUAAUGACGAAAACUGACGGUUAAAACCGUCCAAGUUAAUUAAAAGAGAUGAUAGAACAAAUGCAUGUAAGAGAAUACAUGUAAAUAGAAAAUUCAUCUGAAUAAAGUUGAAAUAAUCAAACUAUGCGAUUCAUUUUAUACAAGAUCGGAGAAAAAACUAAUAUUUAGAAUGAUAUAAUAAUAGAUCAGAGAUAUUUAAAAAGUUAGCAGACUAUCAACUGAUAUUAUUAAAAUAAAUAAAUAAUUGUAUAUUUCAGGGAACAGUAGAUGGUGAUUUGUGACAAUUAAUUGUAGGAUUUAACGCG